CUGGUGGAAAGUGUUAGAGAUUUACUAAGAAUAUUGGAUUAGACACUCAGUUGUAAAACAAGAUGGCAGACAAGCCAGCAUUUGAAGAAGAUGCUUUUCAAGCUUUGGAAAAAGAUUUUCAAGAUGUUGUUGGAGAGUUGAUGGGAGAUAAAACAUUGGAAAGAUUUCGAGUUGAAUAUGAGAAGUUGCACAAAGCUCUGAAGAAAUCUCAUGAAAGUGAAAAAAGGUUGAUGAGCAAAUGUCGUGAACUUAACGCAGAAAUUGUGACAAAUUCAUCAAAAGUUUCACAAGCACUCAAGUUAUCACAAGAUGAUCAGGCAACCAUCCAACAACUUAAACAAGAGUUGGAGAAAGCGUGGAAGAUGGUUGAUGCUGCUACUGAGAGGGAAACACGAGCAAGAGAAACAAUUCAAAGUCUUAAACUUGAGAUUGCUAACCUUACUAAACUUGUUGAACAAGGUGCUGGACUUUCAAUGGGACAAGAACACAGCGUGAACGAGCUGUUGAAAGUUAAAGAAGAAGUUACUCAUGAACGUGAUGAGUUGCUCACAGAGAUCGUGAGCAUGAGGGAGAAGUUGGCUGCAGCAUCCGGAGCACAACAGAAAGCGGAAUCUGAUCGGGAGCAAGCGGAGAUGAAGAUAUCUGAACUUCAACAAGAUAUUCAACUCAAACAUAACGAGGUCCAGCGUGAGACGAGGAAGAGGGAAAAGAUGGAGCGUGAGCUUGGAAACGAGAAGAAAGAUCUUGAAUCGAGGGUUGGUGAGAUCAAAACUCUGCAAAAUCAACUCCAGAGAUGCAAGGACGAUAAUACAAGGUUGGAACAACAGCUUAAAGAACAGAGAAUUCUUCAUGAAAAAGCUGUUCGAGAUACAGAUCUUCUAAAUGCUCGUCUUACAAAGUUGCAACAAGAUUAUCAGAACCAGAUUGAUGCUGCAGAUGCACUUGCUAAUGAUAAUCAAAACAAAGCAGCGGAUUUAAAGGCACGAGAAGAUGAGAUCAACCAGAUGAGACAAGACACAACAAGACUCACAAAGAUGAGAGAAACGAUACAACGAAGAUUACAAGCUGUGGAGGAGAGCAAAGCUGAUGUGGAAGCUCAAAAGGAAACUCUCCGUGGACAAAUUAGUGGUUUGGAACGAGAGGUUGAUGCAAUGAAGAAACAAGCUGAAAUUGAUCGUAAAACUAUGGAUGAGUUGGUUAGAGAAAGAGAUAUUCUUAACAAGAAUUGUCUCAAGGCAGCGAAUGCAACACAGAAGCAACUUAACUUGGUUCGUCUUCAUGAACAAAGUAAGAAGAAUUUGGAGCAAGAGAUUCAGAAUUACAAGGAUGAAGCUCAGAAACAGAGGAAGAUUAUUUAUCAGUUGGAGAAGGAGAGAGAUCGUUACAUCAAUGAAGCUUCAGAUCUCACACAAAAGGUCCUUGGACACAUGGAAGAUGUAAAAGUGCGAGAAAUGCAAAUCUUUGAUUACAAGAAGAAAAUUGCUGAAGCAGAAACAAAAUUGAAACAACAGCAAAAUCUGUACGAAGCUGUGAGAUCAGAUAGGAACUUGUACAGCAAGAACCUUAUUGAAGCUCAGGAUGAAAUCACAGAAAUGAAGCGAAAACUCAAAAUAAUGAAUCAUCAAAUUGAUCAACUGAAAGAAGAGAUCACGACAAAGGAAGCCGCGUUGGUCAAAGUUAAUCUGGAUCAUACACGAGUUGAAAAGGAGAAAGAAGCUCUGAAGGCCGAGCUACAACGAAUGAAGCAACAAGCUGCGGAGAGCAAGACACAACUUGAACAAAUGGAGAAAGAGGUUGCUAAGUUACAACAAGUUAUCCGUGAAUCGGAUGCAGAGAGGAAGAGACAGAUGAAGGAGCUGGAUCAGGUCAUCAGUGAAAGAGACAUCUUGGGAACGCAAUUGGUUCGAAGAAAUGAUGAACUUGCUCUUCUAUAUGAGAAGAUUAAAAUUCAGCAAUCCACACUCAACAAAGGAGAGAUUCAAUACAGACAGAGAUUAGAUGACAUUCGGAUCCUGAAACUUGAGAUCAAAAAACUCCGAAGAGAGAAAACUACAUUGACCAAGAGUGUGGCAAGUGUGGAAGAUUUGAGGCGCGAAGUUUAUCACACACAACGCGAGCUUCUACGUGAGCGAACUCGUUGCAAGGCACUUGAGGAGGAAUUAGAAAACCCGAUGAAUAUUCAUAGAUGGAGGAAACUUGAAGGUUCUGAUCCAAGUGCUUAUGAGAUGAUACAGAAAGUUCAGGCUUUGCAAAAGCGCUUGAUCCAAAAAACUGAGGAAGUUGUUGAUAAGGAACUGUUGAUACAAGAGAAAGAGAAGUUGUAUAUGGAGUUAAAACAUAUCUUGGCUCGACAACCUGGUCCUGAAGUAUCAGAACAACUGGGAAUAUACAAGAACACGCUACGUGAUAAAACUAAGCAAAUGAAGAGAUUGGCAUCUGAGUUGAACAUGUAUGAAUCUCAAUCUUCUGAGUACAAAUAUGAGAUUGAGCGACUGGCACGCGAAUUACAGGAUGUUAAGAAGAAAUAUUUUCUCCACAAGAAAAAGGAACAACAACAAAAAGAGCGAGAGCGUGCAUUAGCACAAGCAGGAGCAUCAGCGAUUCAACCUCAACGAACAGAUGCAGCUCGAUUUACUGGUGGUGGAUUCAACUUGAAAACACCACAGAAAGCAAGCGCUUAACAACAGUCUACCUUGUUUUGUGUUUUAAAAAGAUUUUUAUUUCUGGAAGAUAAUUAUUUUGUAAUAUAAUAUUUUAAUAAAAGAACAUUGCAAACUUGA